GGUCGGCGGGGCGGGACGGUGCAGCGCCGUAGCCCGUGUGUGGGGCGGGGCUGUGCCGGUGCCGCUACGCGGGGCUGCGCCGGUGCCGGUGCGUGGGGUGGAGCCGUGCUGUGCCGGUGCCGGUCCGCGGGGCGGGGACGAGCUGUGCCGGAGCCGGGGUGCGGGGCGGAGACGAGCGGUGCCGGUGCCGCUAUCCGGAGCUGUGCCGGUGCCGGUCGGCGGGGCGGACCCGGUGCCGUGCAGUGCCGUAGCCGGUCCCCGGGGCGACGCGCCCCUAUGAGCCGGUGAGGCCGCAGCGGUGCGGGAGGGAUGGCGGCGGGCGGCGGCGGAGGGCGACCGCCGGGCCCCGACCCUGCGCUGGAGCCCUACGUGCAGACCCGCAUCUUCAAAAUUAUCGUGAUCGGAGACUCCAACGUGGGCAAGACGUGCCUGACCUUCCGCUUCUGCGGGGGCACCUUCCCCGGCAAGACCGAGGCCACCAUCGGCGUGGACUUCCGCGAGAAGACGGUGGAGAUCGAGGGGGAGCGCAUCAAGGUGCAAGUGUGGGACACAGCUGGCCAGGAGAGGUUUCGGAAGAGCAUGGUGGAGCACUACUACCGCAACGUGCACGCCGUGGUCUUCGUGUACGACGUGACCAAGAUGAGCUCCUUCACCAACCUCAAGACGUGGAUCGAGGAGUGCAACGGGCACGCGGUGCCCCCGCUCGUCCCCAGGGUGCUCGUGGGGAACAAGUGUGACUUGAAGGACCUGAUCCAGGUGCCAUCCAGCCUGGCCCUCAAGUUCGCCGACGCUCACAACAUGCUUUUGUUUGAGACCUCGGCCAAGGACCCACAGGAAAGCCAGAACGUGGACGCGAUUUUCAUGUGCCUGGUGUGCCGGCUGAAGGCGCAGCGCUCGCUGCCCUGCCGGGACACGGAGGGCUGGCCGGCGCAGCCCCAGCCGCAGCCCCGGCGGCUGGACGAGGCCAGCGGGAAGGGCUCCUGCCCGUGCUGAGCGGGACCCGCCCGGACCCCAAUAAAGGCUCUG